AUGAUUUCAACAGACGCUCAUUCAAGGCUGGCGCGGCACCUUGCAAACCUUCCAGAGCAGUUGAGGCCAGGAUUCAGAGUUUCAGCGGCUCCUGAAGAUGAGCGUGGAAUCAUCCGUCAAAUUGACCGACCUGAGACAGUCGAGGUGGUUGGGGAUCUGGAAGUAGAACAAAUGGAUCAUGAGGGUCAACCGUUCAAUGAACACACUGCUGUUGAUGAUGAUUUUAGAAUGAACUAUACCGACGUGAUGUCCGAAGGAGAUCGGGCAAGUUUGGAUGAGAGCAGCAGCCAAGACAACCAGUUGAAUAUGCAAGAGGUGAUUGAUAUCUUCAAGCCGGGUAAUCGAGUUGACAAGGACAAGGAAUCAUCUGGGGGCCAAGGGGAAGAACCUGAAGAGGAUGGCAAUGAUGGCACAGAAGACAAUUCAGGGUGGUUCCCUUUUGGGGAUUUGCUGGUGAGCCACAAGUCCAGUACUGCCGGCACCUUUGUGUCCGCGGGGGUCACUAACACUGAUGGGGGGUUUAAUUUCAUUCCUGCGGCCCAGCCACUUGUUUCAGUGCUUCUGGCGGGCUACAUGCAUAACAUCCUAUCACGCACACAAUAUGAUAAAGUCAAAUCCCUCAUUGAGCUCUGUGGAAUAAAGGUUCGCCAUUGGACCUCUAUAUGGCGGACUAAGAAGAACAUCAGGUCCAUACUCUAG